CGGCAGCGGGCGCGUGACGCACCGCCGGGAGUGGCGGGGCCGGGCCGGGGUCCCGCGGCCUCGAGAUCCUCUCAGGGACCGUUCCGGGCUGGGCCGCGACACCGCGGGGACAGCAACGCUGCGCAGAGGACCAGGACAUGGGCAGCACCGCAGUUGUAUCUGUUCCUGCAGCUGUUCUUUCAUUUCCACUCCUUAGAUUCAGCAGAAACAACAACACUGCAGGAAGAAAAUGACCCACUGGUUCCAUCGCAACCCUCUGAAGGCUACAGCUCCCGUUUCAUUUAAUUAUUAUGGGGUAGCCAACACUCCAGCUGCAACAAAGGUUUGCAAUGACUUGCGGUUGUCUCGAACACGGCUGUUGGAGCUGUUUACAGACUCAAGUUGUAAUCCAGAAAUGAUGAAGAAUGCAGCUGACUUGUACUUCUCACUCCUGCAAGGUUUUAUCCUUUCACUGCAUGACUCUUCCCAAGAGUGCAAGUUGAGAUAUAUUCAGAAUUUCAAGUGGACAGACACAUUACAAGGACAAGUCCCGAGUGCCCAGCAGGAUGCAGUGUUUGAACUGGUUUCCAUGGGAUUUAAUGUAGCCCUGUGGUACACAAAAUAUGCAUCAAGACUCGCUGGAAAAGAAGAUAUAACAGAGGAUGAAGCAAAAGAUGUUCACCGCAGCCUGAAGAUAGCAGCUGGGAUUUUUAAACACCUGAAGGAAAGUCACAUUCCAAAAUUGAUUACACCUGUGGAAAAGGGAAGAGAUUUAGAAGCUCGACUUAUAGACUCCUACAUCAUACAGUGUCAAGCUGAAGCUCAAGAAGUGACAAUUGCUCGGGCUAUUGAGCUGAAACACAAUCCAGGCCUAAUAGCUGCGCUUGCUAAUGAAACGGCCAACUUCUACCAAAAAGCUGAUCAAACAUUAUCCAGUUUAGAUCCAACCUGUGCAGGUAAAUGGAGGAAGUAUUUAAACUUGAAGAGCUGUUUCUAUAUGGCCUAUGCAUACUGUUACCAUGGCCAGACUUUGCUGGCAAGUGAUAAAUGUGGGGAAGCAAUCAGAUCUCUGCAGGAAUCAGAAAAAUUUUUUGCCAAGGCUGAAGCAUUGUGCAAAGAAUAUGGAGAAACCAAAGGGCCUGGGACUACUGCCAAACCUUCUGGACAUCUUUUCUUUAGGAAAUUAGGAAGUUUGAUUAAGAACACAUUAGAAAAAUGCCAGAGAGAGAAUGGAUUUAUAUCUAGUAGGCAAAAGAGGACAGAGGGGGAAGUGGAGAAGACCAGUGAGCAAUUCUCCUUUGCAAGCAGCUAUUUCCAGAAAGUCCCAGCAGAGGCUCCCCAGCUGGAAUUGAAAGCAAACUAUGGCUUAGUAGAGCCUGUUCCUUUUGAGUUUCCUGCUUUGAACGCACAGUGGAUUCCUGAAGCAGUUGCAGCAUUUGAUCUCACCAAGAGGCCAAAGGAGGACACUGCUAAACCAAAACCAGAUGAAGAAGUAAAACCUCUGAAGGAACCAAAUAUAAAGCCUCAAAAAGACAGUGGAUGCCAGAUUUCUUAAAUGCCAUAAGUGCUUUGAAUUCACUUUGAAACUCUUCAUAGGACUCUGGGGCUUUUGUUCUGAUCUCCUUUUUUGAUUCUCCUCUUUUCAUUUACAAAGCUAAUUUAAUUUACCUUUGUUAAUAUGUGUCUAUCUUGCUUAAGAUUGUGGUGGAUUUCUAGGAGGUUAUUUAUACCUGACUUAUUUUUGCUUUCAGUGGGAUACCAUAGAAUGAGUGGGCUUAAAUGUUCCUAUUGUGCCUCUAGGGAGUUUCUUUUUGUGGGUUUAGUUUUACCCACAAAUAGCCAAGGAAGUAUCAUGAUUGUAAUGCUUGAGGGUUUUUCCAUUACCUUAUAUGCUAUAUCAUGUUCAGUUCUGCAAACAGAAGUUUGCAUGAACUGUUACAAUUAUUCAAGUUUUGUCAUUCAGGCUUAGCACCUUGUUGUGUUUGAAUUCACCUAAUUGUAGUGAGGGAAGAAAAUCUGGGUUUGGUUUGUAACAGUCCUAUGGUAUUUCACAGGACUGGCACAGAACUUGGGAAACCUCAAGUUCUGCAUAACAGGAGCACAAUUUAUAUUCUGAAACUAUUAGUCUCUUCUCUGUUCUUUCCUCUAUAGAUUAGGGUUUUUAUAUCAGAAUUUGUAGUAAGGUACCUUAGCUUUGUCUGUCCUUUAAUUCAAAUCCUUUAGUAUCAAAGUGAAUCUGAAAGCGAUGCAGCAAGCAAUAUGGAAGUGCUUAAAAGCAAGCAUCCCUGUGUCAUUCAUUCAGAGUUUCUGAAUCUUCAAAGCUUUGUUAAGUUUCAGGGCUGCAGACAGCCUAAUCUCCUGGCACUGGAAUUCCUGAAGCUUUCAUGCUAAGGUAAUGGAUUUGGAAGUUGCUGUGUUUCCAUCUGGGUGGUGUCUAUAAGAAGCUGCAGGAGAACAGGGAGGAAAGAUGAGCUGAAGAGCUGAUGGCACAGCUGGGAAGCCGAGCUCUAGAUUUCCUUUAUGCCCUGUGUAAACAGUGCCUCUUCUCAGGUUUUGCAGUAUUGCACUAAAAUCAGCUCUUUCUGAAGAAAACUUGUGAGAAGCCAAGCCCAGUCAAAGCUGAGAAAGAAAGGAUUUUGUAGAACUUGCUGCUUCUAUUUCUGCCUGCUGUGGAAAAUGUGACAGCAUUCUUCAGUGCUGAGCACUGCAAAACACCCUUGACAACAAAAACGUCUUUCUGAUUUGUUGCAAAUGCAAAGGCAUAUGAUGCAUGUGUUGAAGUUAGAGCCUUGCAAUCCCUGGGUACCAGUUGCUACACUUCUCUUGGCCUGAGAAAGAAACUUAGCAGCCUGACAAUGUUCACCCUUCCAGCAAACAUGAUGGCAAAUGCACUUACCGUGACGUAAACUGUGAACACAUUCCUCACUUCGUACUCUUUGUUCACCUUACACCAUGCUGUGUGAUUCAGUGCUUCUAAAAUCCUUAAAUGGGGCUUGGAGACACUUAGCUUAGAGAGCAAGUGUGUAACUCCUUGAAGGCCUGUGGAACAAAAGCUGCCAAGGUGGUUAAUAGGGAACUCAAGACUCCUCAUGAGAUACUGGACCAAAUUACAAAAUUUGUUGAUGCAAAAGGCAAAGAGACUUUUAAUACUGGCUAUUAACGGGUUGAUCUAAUGCAGACCCCCUUACUUUCCUUGAUGGAUUUUUCUUUCUGUCAGUUCUGUACAUAAAACUAAGUGUGAGCUGAAUUUCUAUGGAAGAAGUUUCUGUUCUGCAGGGGCCUAGAGGAUAAUGAGUAUCAAGAAGAAUACAUAUCUGAAAUGGCUCCAUUUCCUCUGAUGCUGCAGGGGACCUAGUGUAUGUUUCAUGAAGAGUUAGUCAAAUCUGUUCCUAACUUGAUCAGCUGACUCAUUAGACUUCUUGCAUUGUUAAAUUACCAGCUUAGGUUUUGCCAGAGUAGAGUGUGGAGUUAGUUUUAUAUAGAUUUUAGUUCUAAAACUGUAUUCCAGCUGUAGUCAUCAACAUUUGUUCAGCCUGCCCUCUUUAAGGAUCAAGAUACAGUUAACUCAGUUUCAUAAUCACAAUUUUUUAGCUACUCAUUGUUUUUCAAAAUUCUUUGUCAAUACGUACACAUCUUGACUGAAUUAAUUUUCUUUCUGUGCAGACUAGAUCCUCUUUUCCCUCCUCCCCUCAUGUUCCCUUCUAUCUGCUACAAACUGUGGCACAGACUUACCCUCAUUUGCUAAUGCACUUACAGGUCUUGGGACUCAUUUCCAAUGCAGCUUUUACCCAUCCUCUACAGGGUUCCUGUAGAGGAAUAUCUUAAAAUCAAAUUAACAAAUCAUGACUAAGUAGUUCCCAAACAUCAUGGUAGCAAAGAUUAUUUUAUGGACUUGGAAUUCUUUGGACGCUUUCUCAAACCGAGCUGUUUGUCUGAAUCAAGUUCACUGUAAAUAGUUUGGGGCAUAACCAAGUGAAUUGUGUCAGAUGAUGACAUUAUUUAAGCCUAGCUGUGUAACCUCUUGUGCCAUAGCUGUUUCAGUAAAUAUGAUGUAGUAGUUGAAAAAUAGAAUAAUGGAACUAAUUAAUUGACUUAAAAUGUGUUGCUUUUCAAGACAAACUUUGUUUACUUGUAGCUGAAAUCCUGUGGCAAGCAUUGGAUGGUUUUGCCAAAAAAUAAGAAGCUAGAGACUGUUUAGUUUGCAAAGUAGAGAGAGCUGUGAGGCAAUGAGCAGCUUUCUCUUCUGGUUUUGCUGGGAAGUAGCAGGAAUUACUGUAAAUAGGAUAUAGAUUAACUGUCCAAUAUGCUUAAGAAUAUGAGUGAAUGAUCUGGGAGUUUCAGUGAAUCUGGAAACCCAGCAGCCAUGUUCCUUCUCUUAUAGUUCCCUGUAGUAAUUUUUAAGAGUUGAGGUAUUUUGAAUGGUGACUUUUUAAUGCUCUAAUGCUGCAAGAGCCUGUUUUUGUGUCCUCUCUCUGGUUUCAGAGGCUCUCAUGGCUAAACCUGCAAAUCUUGUUGGUGUAAAUAAUCUUAAAAAAUUUGUGCCCCAUCUGAAGCAGGAUAGAACUGCAGCUGAAUAAAAUACAGAGUGCUGGACCCCCUGUUUUGUGCUUUAAGAAAAGCAGUGAUUGUCUUUAACCUACUGUAAACCAAACCAUUAAGCUGUUAGUAGGAUUUCUAUUUAAAUACACUUCCUCCAUGUUUUGUGUUCCUGAGUUUUCAGUAGUUACUCUCCAUCCAGCAUGUGACACACAUACAGCUGAGGGACUAAACCUGGCCCUUGGAUGCUAAUGGCUGCCUCUCACUGGAUUUGGUAGAGGAGUUUUGCCUGUCAGCCUAGGGAUGGUGUUUGGUCACUUGGAUGUUCAGCAUGGAGCCAUGUGUCUGUAACAAUGGUAGUUGUUUGUACAACAAUCAGGAAAAUGGAUUCCUGUGUCUGUAGAAUAGAGACAACUUUGCACUUUAGAAUUUUCUUGUAUUACAAAAUUGGUACAAUACAAUAUGCUUGUAAAUAGUCCUUCCUGUCAUUUUGAUUUCAGUACUGCGCUAUGGAUAAGGUUUUAAUGGGAAACAUUACUAAAAUGUAUUUUUAAUUGUCUGUGUGUGCUUCAAACUCGUGAAGCAUAUCUCUGCCUUUAGUAUUGGGGAACAUGAGCGGAGGCAGUAGCUUAUCUGUCUUCCAUGGGAAUUCCAGGAGGUGAAGACUUUCUGUCUGUUGGCUGCAGGGUGGAACAUGUCAUCCCACCCCUGUGUCUGGUAUCUAAACUGAUGUUUCAGCAUUAACAUAAAUCCUGUUCAUGCCUAUUAAUUAUCCCUAAAAAGAUUCUGUCUCUAAAGAUCACUCUUAAAUUACCAUAGUAGCAUAAGCUGGUUUUUUUUUCCUUUGCUGUGUUUUUUCCUGUCACUGGCCCAGCUGAGGGAGGAAUAAAGAGCAGUGAGUAAGACUAGCAUGAAAAAGCCCUUGCAGUGUAUCCCUGUCUCCAAGUUGUGAGUGCAGUGUGUAAAGGCCUUUCCACAGUGACCCUUUGCUUGUCUCAGACCUUUCCCUGCUGGUGAUGCUCUCAAAUUCAGCAAAGGUCCCAUGGCAACUCAGGGUACCCCUGAUUAGCUGUUUAUGUAGGAAGGCCUCCCUCCUUUGGUGUUGGUGCCUUCAUGGAUUACAAGCUUCUAGAAGCCAUCCUGUAUUCUGAGUAAUCCCACUUCAAUGGAAUUAGCUCUGAGAUCACUGACCAAGCAGUCUUACUUUGUGAAGACAGUCACCAUGCAAUCUUAAGCUUCAUAGUUGGAAAAUUUGUAUAUAGCCACGAAGUCCAGAAUGCCAUUUAAAAUAAACAAUCUUCAAAUAUCACAUUUAUUUCAUUAUUUAAAAUUUUACAUACAGUAGCAAGAAAGAGGCUCUGUUUUGAUUGUUACUUUCUGCAAUUUAAUGCAACUUUGUUAUUAUAGAGAAUACUUAAUCCUUGCUUAAAGGAAGACUUAAAUAAGGAAGAUCCAUGAAUUGGGUGCCUAUGGAAGUAGUAGCUACAAGGAAGCAUGUCAAGUCCUGAGGCAGGAAGAGAGGAGAUGGGGUUUCCAAAUUCUUGUUUAGGGAAAAAAAAAGUAAUUAAGCAGAAUUUCUUAGGGCUGUGCAACAUCCCAGUACUUGCCAAGGUCUGUGACAUUGUGGGAUGUUCUAUUAUACUAUAUCAAGAGGCUUAUUUGGGAAUAACUUCUCUGAUAUUCUGCAUAGAGCCCCACUAGCACAGCAGGCUCAGUCUUCCCUGUCUGAACCAGACAUGCAUAUGCUGCUGUCUCCAGGAGUCCCAUCUGUCUCUCACAGCCAUGUGGUGGUCUUUAAUAAUUUUGUUUCAUACCUCCAAUCCUUCUGUCUGGCUUUCCCAAAUAAGGACUCAUUUGCAAUGUCCAUGUUGAUGGCCCCUGGAAUGUAAGGCUGCCCUUGCUUUGUUGAGUUACUCUCAAAUCUCAAGGUCAGGGACCUUGUCCUCUGUGACACCUGGACCCUCUAGUCUGCUGGCUGUGCUUCCCCAGUUUCUGCCAGCACCACUUAGUCAAUACCUUCUCCCCAAACACUGUCAAAACCUGCAUAACAGCACCAACAGAGCCCUCCCAAAUGGAUAAAAAAUUCCCACAGGACCCUGCUGGAGCGAUGGCCACCAAGGGGCAGAAGUACUCAUGUUUUCCUGCAGUUUUUCCACACAGCUGCCCAGCCUCAGACAGUGUGCACUCUGGAACAGCACUGCAGCUUUAAAAUGGGAGGAGGUGUCACAAGUUACACCUUCUACAUCAUUUCAUGUGGAACAUCUCUGUACUUACUGACAGGGGGGCAUCUAGGAGCCCAUGCAUGCUUGUGACUAGGAGAGCAGCUACCCCUCCAUCAAGGACAUUGCCAAGGCCAUGGAGCAGGAGCACUGACAAGCAGAGACGAUCUCUUGCCCUGUGUCCCAGCAUCUGCUCUAUCCCAGGGCCUGGCAGCCUCUCCAGGGCAUCUGCCCUUUAGGAAGAAGAUGCUGUGUACAUCUCUGUGGGGUUUCUCCAGGGUCAUGGGCUGGUUUUCUGUGGCAAGGAUUUGAAGUGGGAAGGCUGCAGGGGCAGCUUCUGUCAGCAGCAGCUGCCCUCAUGUUGGCCAGAGCCUAUUCCAGCCAGCCCCAAGACAGAGCCACUGCUGGCCAAAGCUGUGUCCAUCAGCUGCCUGCUCAUGGCUGUUGGGAAGAGGCCAUGAGGUAGACAAUGAGGCCUUGGGCAGCUGCAAAUUUGAACUAAGGGCUUGUCUCCUCUGCACACUGCCCUGCCAGCAUGCCCCAGCAGGCUGGGGGUGCACAGGAGGCUGUGAGGGGACACAGCAGGGCAACUAACCCCCAGUGACCAGAGGGAAUUUCCACAGCCUAUUAUGCCAUGCUCAGCAAUCAGACCAUGGGGAUGGAGGUUGGCAGGGGCUCCCUUGGCUCAGAAAUUGGCUGGGCAUCAGUGUUUUUCUUGGGUUUCAAUGGGUUUUUUUUCUUUGUGUUUUUUUGGUUUGGUUUUUUUGUUUGGUUGGUUUUUGUUUUGUUUUAAUGUAGUUAAACUGCUUUUAUCUCAACCCACCAGUGUUUUUACCUUUCUGAUUCUCUCCUCCAGGGCUAGGAAGUGGCUGUGUGGUGCUGAGCUGCCAAGCAGGGAUAAAUCAUGACAGUCCUCUGUAAAACCAUAAAAGCAGUGCCCUGUGCAAACAACAUCUGAAUGAUGGGACACAAACAGCAUAUGCACAUCAGGACUGCAGCAGGAAACAGGAGCUUUAGCUGGGGAUGUUUAUAAAAAAGUCAUGAGCAUGACAAGAAAUCUCCACACAGGAAAACAUCAGUAUUAAAAAUGGAGACAGUCACAAAUACAGGGAUUGUGGUACUCACAAAGACCGCCAAGUGAGUCUUCCCAUAGCCACAUUUAAUGACACAACUGAGGUUGAUGUGAACCUUUUGUCCACAGAGCUCAGUCAUGCAGUUGUGAAUUUGUGGGAUAAAACAUGGAACUUUGCCAUUUUUGUCUUGUUUGGUUUGACAAACUGGCAAACAGAAUACAGGUGAUGUAUCUCCAAGACUUAGUUCUUACCAACCUCAGUGUACUGUUGGCUGUUGUAUACACUAACUGUUGUCACCUUAUUGCAAAAGUUCCAUACCUUCUUGGUGAUUUCUCAUAGGCCGUUCCUCACAGCACUGACUCCUUCCUCUUCAUAGCAUAGCCAACAAACUCCAACUCCCAUCUUAACCAGCUAACCCACUCUUUGGUAGCACUCAUCCUCAUUGGACACAGCUGUGGCCUGUUAAGGACAGGCCUCUUCCUAAUCUUUGGUGAUUAGUACAGCUGCAACUCCUCAGGAGUGAGAUUACCUUCUGCACUAUCUUUAUUUUCUUACAUUCUAUCCCCUCACAACUAACAAGUCUAUCAAAACCUGCCACCCAUGGUAGGAUUAUUUAAAGUGAAUUAUAGAUUAGCUGAAUCUGGCCAGUCUGAGGAGAUCAGUUAAAAGAGGCUACAGGUUUUCUUUGCAAGGUGGUAGAUCAUAUUGCAAGCUGAAUGGUACAGAACUGUGUUUGAUGCAACUUCACAGAUUAACUUAUUUUUAUGCUCAAAAUUAAAGCCUUCUUGUUUCCAUAGUUCAAAGUUGGAGUCUGUAUCUCUGGUUUGGGACAGUUUGAAUUGCAACCAUUUAAUUCCUUAGGAAGUUAAAGUUUUUGCUUUUCUGUUUAAAAAAUUUAAUAUGAUUGAUUAACUUACUUUAAGGAUGGAUUAACUGGAAUGCAAUCACUACUCAAGCAACAAAGCUGGCACUUUGCUAUUUUUUUCUCCUUCUUUUAAUACUUACUGGUGGUGUCUGAAGGGAUUAUUACCAGGAUUUAAAACCUUUCAUGAUUUGUAAAAUUAGCUAUUUUCUUUUGUUCAACUGAUACAAACUCUAUCAAUACAAUUCAGACUACAUUGCAUAGUAUCAGCUUUUUCCAAAGAUUACAUUUUACUGUACCCACAAAGGAGCUUUUGCAUGCUCAGAUGCAGCCUUUGUGGAUGAAAACAGCAGAAAACCAUGGUUAUCAUACAGAUAGACAGCAAUCAGUGUGUGGUGUGUUAGGUAUGGUAUGAAGUUUGUGCAAGCUUUACAGUUGGACCAGUGUGGCAGAAAGCACUUGCAUAAAAAUCAGAAUAUGAUGAUUCUAACCAAGGGUGGACCAAGAAAGAUCAAGUCAUUUUUGCCAGGUUUGUAAAAUUUGAGCCAUGUAUCACUAGGUUUAGUCAGCCUGACUAAGGACUUUCUUGCUCCUAUAUUUCAAACUGCAGAAACUUUUAAAUAUUAAUGAAUUGACCAGAAAAAGAAUCCACAUAAAGCUUAAAAUCAGAUUACAUGAAUUCCUGUGAAAAGUCUUAAUGUAAUACAUGGUAGGUCCUUAGGAAUGUAAGAGGAAAUUAAUGAACAGAGAAAGGGGAAAAUGUUGAAAUCAAAGCCACACAUUAAAAUUCAAAUCAUUUGCUUUUGGCAACACAGCUUUAAAAACCUCCAUGCUGUAACUAUUAAUGGAAAAGCCUCUCUACUGGCAAGGCAGAUACAAAAUCUCCCUGCAGCUUCCACAAUCACUUCUGUCUCCUGCUGAAAGAAAAAAUCUUGGUAAGAAAACACUUUCUAGAGAGAUUUUCAGGUAAAUAUGACAGAGUUACUGAGUGACAUGUCUGAAAUGAGCCAUCAAGGACUGUUAUUGGGUUUCACCUCUUCCCCUCCAUCAGCUCAGAGAACAUCCUGACCAAGUGCACAUGGGCAGCACGGCCUGUGGAGGUAGCCAAUGGCAUCCACCUACUGUAGGCUGGUAGCCUACAUUGGCUACCAGCUACAAAUAAUUGUGUGCCCCUAUGCUCGUUCAGUUGUGGGGAGUUCUGAUUUACAAUUUACACAGACUUGGCUCUUUCUACCCAAUGGAUGCACUUUGCCUGUUUUUAGUAUCAUCUGGAGAUAACCACAACAGAAAUAAUAAAUAAUAAUUAAGUAAAAGAUAGGGGGUUUAGGUGCUUUAAAAAACAAAUAGAAAUUGCAUUUGUGGCCAUGGAGGUGUUGAUAUUCCAUAGCCACAGCAAUAACCUUCAAACUGCUCCUCACUGCCACACAGAGUUGAGAUGUAUGUGCAGGCAGGUUUCAAGGAAAAAUAGUGCAUUAGAUUGAAACCUGCACUGGGACUAUAGGAAGAAACCUUCCCUAGGAUUUCAUGUGUCCAGCUUUUCUUUUGGAUAAGGUAAAUAAUGCAUAGUUAGAGUGCAGGAACAAUUGAUUUUGCAAAUUGUUAAUAAAUAAAUACUAAUAAAAUGAGAUAAUUUUAACAGACUCUUGAAUGCCAAUGAAAACUUUUGAACCCAGUGCUGGGUAUGCACAGAACUGCUGAGGGACCUGGCCUGAAAAAGCUCCCCCUGCAUGUUGCAAAGAAGUCUCAGCCACAACUGAUUUUAAUGCAAAUGAGUUGAUUAUUAUAAAUAAAGUAGAUAUUUUUGUUUUCUCUUCCCUCACAACUUUAUUUUACUCAUUUACAGUUAGUCCAGAACUCAGACUUAGAAGAGCAUGAAAAAUUUACCACUGACUGAAAAAAAAAUUGUUUAAAUGGAAUGUUUGAUUCUUCCUGGCCUGAUUACAGGAAUACAAAUAAAAAAUUAUUCCAUGGAAAUCAAUGUGUCUGUAGAAAAGUAAUCUCAAUAUAACAAUGAAAAUCUAUCACCCUGUGAGGUACAAGAUUGCCGUAAAUAAUUGUUGGUCUAUUUCCCUCAUUUCUACUUUCAAUGAACAACACUGGAAUGUGAAGUUAAACUUGCUGUGUUCUAACCUUGCAUUGCAAAUAAGGCCUUCCUGGGGCUCCUGGAUACUCUGCUGUCACAGGCACCUGCCCAAGUGUGUGUUGGGGGAGAGGCACACAAAACCACAAGAUUUCCCAGCAGGAUGGUGCCCAGGAAGAGGCAGGGGCUCCAUCCCUCAGCAACAGCCAUGGCAAAAAACUGGACAUGGUGUGGAGAGAAAGCUAAUGAGGACAACCACACUUGCUGUGCAGAGAAGAGCAUUUGAGGGUCCUUGGACAUACUACAAAGCCAUUCUCUCCAGGGGAAAAACAACCAACCCAGCAGCUUUUAUGAUCUUAUGCCAGGCAACCUCUUCCACAUGAAACAGAAAAUAGUUGAGCCUUUAUGUGCAUUUUUGCAAUAGGCAAUAUCCCAAACUCAGCCUGAUCCGAGAAAGUUUUUUGAUGGGUCACUGACUUCAUGACACUGUACAGGAUUAACUUGUCUAACCAUACCCCAUUACCUUUGGGAAUGUAGAUGACACAAAACUCUUCCCAAAACCUUUUUCAUCUCUAAACCUUUUUCCUGUCACCAGUUCUCUGAGAGUCCCUAAAGUGCGUGGUUCUGUUGCAACACUUCUGGUUCUAUUAGUGGUGUUUGCUUUGGGGAUAAUGUAAGAUAACUCCAAAUAUCCUUUACUUAUUCCUGCCAGUAAGCAAACAAUCUGCCCUGCUUUGUUAUGCUGCUAGACUGGUUACUGAUGGUUGCAACAAUGGUGCUGUACAGGACAUUCAGAUGAUCCAAGGUAAGUCCCAGGACCUCUUGAGGAAACACCUCAUAGAUGAUCAGCUGGGUGAAAUUUUGUGACUAAGGAUGCAUGAAAUGUGUGGUGGAGUUUUUCUAGCAAUAAAAUUCUACAGAAAAGAUGGGACCUUUUUUUAAUGUGAAGAUAACAGAUAAUGGACUUUGUAAUUUUAAUUUCCAUUUUCAUUACCUAUCAAUGAAGUGGUCCCAAAAGUUAUUGAAACUUGAAACUGUCUGAAUCUGUAUUUGAAGUUCAAGUUAGCCAGUUUAACUUUAGAGAAGAAUCACACAUGGGCUCUUGCAAUUUAGGGGCAACACAACUUCCCUGAAAGCCUGAAGUGUCAGCUUGUGCCAGUUCGCGCUUUAAAGUGAAUGUCUGCUUUGUAAAAGUGAUAUCUAAAACUUGUAGUGUAGUUUUCCAAGUUUUAGGUGUGAUACAACUGAAUUUUAGAACAGGACCUCAGCUCUGGCAGCAUAUUCUGAGAUCUUUUCCUUUAGCUUGAUUCUUGUCCAUAUAAUUCUAUUCUUAUUUCUGUUUAACAAGAUUUAAAUUUGAACCCUUGAUACAUAAACCUAUUUAACAGCAGGCUUGCUUAGUGGACGGAGUAACUUGAGAGGAAAAGGCUAGCACACGAGUUUGGACUCUUGAAACAUGAGCCAGAGGUGAUUGCAGCUCACCCUCCCUGCUCUAAUGCAGCUUCUUGCAGCUCUUUGCUGCUAAAGCAAAACUUGUUCAUUUCUAAAAUGUAAUAGCAGAUUUGCUGAUGAUGUUUCCACACUGUUGCUUUUCAAGAUUUAUUUUAACAGUGUUUUGUGGUUUAUUAUACUGCAAAUGUCGUGUCACUAUUCACCAUGUAAGCUACAGCUAUAAAUCAGCCUUAUGUGGUGGAGUCUUAGUGCAAGGUAAGUGGAAGCACUGGGACAGUUAUCAUUUUUUAAGUGUUCCUAACAGAAGACACCUACAUUAGUUGCCCUUUAUUUAAUAAAUGUUUUACUGGUUUAUCUUCAGCAACAUGGAGAUAGGGGAGAAAGCUCUGAGGGAAAUGACAUGGACUUUUUUGAGUGACAAAAGACACCUUGGGGUACACUGUUGAAGAUCAAUAAAGAAUCAAUAAAGAAUCAAUAAAGAAUGUUUUUCUCACAACA